AUGGGUCCAGAUGCUGUCCAGCGUCAUAUCAAUACAAUCUGUGCGACUAUGAACUCCGGGGAAUCACCUGGUCACACCAUCGAAGUGGUGAUUGAUGGAGUCCAUUUUAUCUCCGACGCAACACAGCAUCUUCAUGAUCAUUCAUCGCCCUGGUCGGAACUUGUUGCAGGUUCAGUUUCAGCCGAAGGGGUAAUGGUUCGGGUUGGAGAACGGAGGAAGCCAUUGGUUGCCAAGGUUGGAAAGGGAAAGCAUGGAAUCACGGUCGGCGUGAGGGCAAACUGUGAACUUUCUCAGUUGGCUGAUGAAGUGUCACAGAUGAGCCAAGAACUGGAUCGGCGAGAUUCAGAUCGUAAUGCACAACUUGAUCGUGCACAACGUUUACAAGCCCAUCUCAUUCCGAAAAAGUAUUCAAAUGACGGGCUUGAAGUAGCCAUUGAGUUUCAUCCUGCUGAUGAGAUCGCGGGAGAUUAUGUAGAUGUGCUUGAAUGCCCGAAUGGCGAUACAUUAUUUUGUGUAGCUGAUGUUGUCGGGCACGGCAUCCAUGCUGCGAUGGGAUCAGCGGUACUCAAGGCAUUAUUGCUCACUGUUGACCUAGGGGAGUCAUCUCCAUCUGAGAUGCUCAGAUGGAUCAAUCAACGAUUCUGCUCAGCCAGCCUGCCGGAAGAUUUUGCAUCCAUGAUUCUGGUUCGAGUCUCAUGUGAUAGAAGAACGUUGGUGUACGCAAGCGCUGGGCAUGAACUUGGCUAUCUCAGAAAAACUGAUGGGGAACUCCAAGAACUAAGCUCUACCGGCACAGUACUCGGCAUUAUCAAUGAUGCUGAGUAUGAGAACAUUGAGCAUCAACUUCAUCAGGGCGAUCUGAUCGCCCUGCUUUCAGAUGGGGUAAGUGAGACAUUCAACUCUGAAAAGGCCAUGCUAGGCAGAGGCAGAAUCAGUUCCAUGAUUCAAAGACCGACUCGAAUUUGUGCAGAUGCAGUAGCUGAUGAAAUAGUUGCAGUGUACUUUGAAGCGGCAGCAUUCAUCACUAUGCUUGUGUUGCUUGGACAAGUGCUUGAGCUUCGAGCACGCUCACAGACCGGUUCGGCAAUCCGUGAACUCCUAGAGCUCGCCCCGCCGACUGCAUUGAUUCUUGAUUCGGAUGGUCACGAUAAGGAAGUACCGGUUGAACAACUCAAUGUAGGUGAUCGAGUCCGGGUUCGUCCUGGAGAUAAGAUUCCUAUUGAUGGGGUAGUUAUCGAGGGGCAUUCAUCAGUAGAUGAGUCGAUGAUCACCGGAGAACCUGUUCCGGUAGCCAAAGAAGCUGGCGUUCAGGUCACCGGCGGCACUGUAAAUACGACGGGGUCCUUUAUAUUUGAAGUUGAGCGGGUGGGUUCUGAGACCAUGCUCGCACAGAUUGUACAAAUGGUUUCCGACGCGCAGCGUUCACGAGCACCCAUACAGAAACUUGUUGAUGCUGUUUCUGCUUGGUUUGUUCCAGCCGUGAUUGUUAUAGCGGUAAUUUCAUUCGUUCUUUGGUCAACACUUGGACCAUCCCCAGCUAUGGCAUACGCACUGAUUGCUUCAAUAUCAGUGCUCAUUAUUGCUUGUCCCUGUGCUCUUGGAUUGGCUACACCGAUGUCAAUCAUGGUGGCUGCUGGGAAAGGGGCAAAGAAUGGCGUUCUGAUCAAGGAUGCUGAAGCGCUCGAAGUAUUCGGGAAGAUCACUACUGUUGUAGUUGACAAAACAGGGACUUUGACAGAAGGCAAGCCCAAACUUGUUGAAGUCCAUUCGAUAGAUGGCAUUGAUCAAAAACGGAUGCUAUCACUCAUUGCUGCUGCAGAGCGUUCUAGCGAACACCCGUUAGCAAGUGCCAUUGUAAAGGGCGCUGUUGAGCGUGGUGUUGAUCAGUUGGAUGUGAGUUCGUUUGAGUCUAUCACAGGCAAGGGCAUCACGGCAACUGUUGACGGGGUUCAAGUAGGUAUUGGAUCUCCCAAGAUGAUGCUUGCAAUGGAUAUUGAUCCUUCUCCUCUGUCAUCUCUUGCAGAUGAUGCAAGACGCGAAGGGCAGACCGCCAUGCUUGUUGCAAUGGGAGGUCAUUUAGCCGGGAUGAUUUCAGUAGCCGAUCCGAUCAAGGAAUCGACGCCCGGAGCGAUCGAAGCAAUGCAUAAACUCGGUCUUCGUAUUGUGAUGCUCACAGGAGACAAUGAGACUACAGCAAGAGCGAUUGCUUCCAAGCUCAACAUCGACGAUGUGAAAGCGGAUGUGCUUCCGCAAGAGAAGGCCGAGAUUGUCAAAAGCUAUCAAGAUCAAGGAGAGCGGAUAGCAAUGGCAGGCGACGGAGUCAAUGACGCUCCUGCACUUGCACAAGCUGAUAUUGGCAUUGCGAUGGGAACCGGAUCUGGGGUUGCCAUUGAGAGCGCUGGGAUCACACUCAUAGGCGGUGAUCUACGGGGUCUGGUACGAGCACGAAAGCUGAGUACAUCUACGAUGCGAAAUAUCCGCCAGAACCUGUUCUUCGCAUUUGUAUAUAACGCUGCAGGAGUUCCAGUUGCCCGGGCAUUGCUCAGUCCGCUCAUCGCUGCAGUCGCCAUGAGCCUGAGUUCAGUAUCGGUGAUUGCGAAUGCAUUGCGUUUGCGCCGAGUUCGGCUUUAA